UUUGAAAGACUAUUCCAACUAAAUUGAUAUAGCAGUGAGCAUUCAAUUUAAAAUUAACGAUCAAAAUGCAAUAUUAUAAUAAUUUGAAAGAGCUUAGUAGAGGAACGUUCGGGACGAUUCAUUUGUGUGAAACGUUGCACGAUAAGCAAAAAUUAGUAAUAAAACAAAUUCACUUGGAUUCGAAAGAAAACAAGUUAGAUACUGCUAAUAAUGAAGUAAAAAUUUUGAAAUCGUUAAACCAUCCUAAUAUCAUCAAAUUCUACGAUAAUUAUCACCACAAUGGAAUAUUUUAUAUUGUUAUGGAAUACGCGACUGGAGGAACGUUACAACAACUCAUUGAAAAGAACAAAUCGAUUGGAUUUUGUCCUCAGAGUGUUAUGGAUUUCUUCUGUCAAAUAUUAAUGGGAUUGGAUCACAUUCAUGAUAAGAACAUCAUACAUAGAGAUUUGAAAACCGAAAACAUAUUUUUAACGGGUCUAAAUUGCGAUGUAAUCAAAAUAGGGGAUUUCGGAAUAUCGAAAGCUUUAUUGAACGAAAAGAAAGCCAAUACAAUAAUUGGAACAUGUAAUUAUUUAGCUCCGGAAUUGUGCAAUGGAAGUGCGUACAACUCGAAAUGCGACAUAUGGGCUUUGGGUUGCAUCCUAUACGAAUUGUGCGCAAUGGAAAAAAUGUUUACAGGACCAGUGGCAAAUGUGGUUUCAUCAAUAAUACGAGGGCGCAUAAAGCAAAUCGAUACUAAAACUUACGGGGUUCAAAUGCGGAACUUUAUUCACAAAAUGUUGGAAUUAAAACCGGAAAAUAGACCAACGACAAAGGAUUUGAUAGCCGAUUCCGAUAUUUCGCCUACUUUGUAUUCGCUGGGAGUGACUUUAGGAUCUCUUUGAUCAAGAUUUUAGCUGGUUCUUUUAACUUGAAUUCAUGUUUUAAUUGUCUUAUUUUUAAUAAAGAUUAG